AUGCUCGGAAGGGGUAGUAAGUUAUUGAAGACACAGAUCGAAAGCCAUUCAUUGGUCAAAUACAAGCCAGUCAGCGACAGACCAAGUAUCGAUAUCGGUUCUCCUCUCGCCCGAGACUCUGAAUCAGAUAUACCAAGAGAAAAUGACAUCGACGACGCCUACCUCACCCCGGAACACUCAAGGAGAUCACGUCGUUGUGAGAGUUUCUACCGAGCCCCUAUCAAACAAACCUUCCUCAUACUCCUUGCCGGAAUCGGUCUCAUGAACCUAGGAUACCAAGUCUAUUGGUUCCUUCGAUCUCUGAGACCAAUAUCGUGCAACUGCGGUGAAACCGUCUCAGAGGCCAUUGCCAACGGAUGUCGGUACGAUUCAUUCGCUGCAGCCUGGCUACCUCCGGCGUGCCGGAACGAUGAGUUGAUAGAUCGCUUUGAACGGGCGGGACCGAACCCUGAUGGUAGCUGGCCGUACUACGGGGAUAAGAAUAAAACACAAGUUCUGUCCGUUGAGGAAGUCUCGAUGCUGCCUGAGACAGGGGGUCAUUUUUUUACAACGCACCAAUGGCAUCUUGUUCACUGUGCUUAUUAUUGGAAGAAAAUGUUUCUGGCUGUGGAACAGGGGACAAUCAUUGAGCAUCGGUAUAAUAACCUGGCUCAUUUGGAUCAUUGUGAAAUGAUGUUUUUGAAACGGGACCCGUUGGAUACCAUUGUGACGGAGGCUGGAGUGGCGCUUCAUUCAGAUGUCAUUGUGACCGCGAAGCAGCAUAAGCAUGACCAUGGAGAUAGGACAAGACAGGCCUGA